UGGUGUCUCGUUGAUCCUCGAGGAAGACUGAAAACUGCUUUUUGCUUGUGAAGUAAUUUAAUCGUCGAUUCUAUUGAAAUAUAUAUCCAAUAAUGCUGCGUCGAUUGCGUAUUAAAGCUUUGGCUGCUGUGCCAGUUCGAAAAAAGCUUACGCAGAAUUCAGCAGAUUCUACUGAAACUAACAAUGACAUUGAUAAGGAAAAGAAGGAAGAAAACAUAUCUAAUAUCAAUGACACAGAACAAGAAACUACUAAAGAUGUUACACAGGUAAAAGAACAGAAAGAGAAAGAUGUAAUUAAGACUGAUACGUUCAAACAAAAAGAACAAAAAGAAAAAGAUACAUCCAGUACUGAUAUAUCAACAGAAGAAAAACUAAAAGAGAAAGAUAUACCUAAUAUUGAUGUACCAGGACAAAAAGCUGUCAUAGAUAUUACAAAAGAUGAAGAGGAAAUUAAGAAAAAACAAGACAAAAUCAAUUUAAAAGAAUCAGUUAUAGAUAAGGAGAAACUAGAUUCCCAAGAAUUAUGUUCUCCACUCAAAUCAUACUCUCAAGAGUUACAUGCUCAGGCAAAGUCAAACUCUCAAAAGUUGCAUGUUCAAGCAAAGUCAAACUCUCAAGAGUUACAUUCUCCAGUAAAGUCAAACUUUCAAAAGUUACAUACUCAGGCAAAGUCAAAUUUUCAAGAGUUACAUACUCAAACGAAGUCAAACUCUCAAGUAUUACCUGCUCAGGCAAAGCCAAACUGUCAAAAAUCUCCAUCUCCACUAAAAUCAGACUCUCAAGAGUUACAUUCUCCAGUAAAGUCAAACUUUCAAGAGGUACAUACUGAAGCAAAGUCAAAUUCUCAAGAGUUACAUACUCACACAAAGUCAAACUCUCAAGAGUUCCAUGCUCAGGCAAAAUCAAAUUCUCAAGAACCUUUGGCUACUGGAUUCAAAUUUGAUAAAAUUCAAACUGAUCAAUCAAUUCAAAAAAAUACUCUGCCAUCAGACGUGUCUAUAAUAAUAGAUAUAGCCUCUCCUACAAAAGUAAUACAGAAUCGUCCAUGUUUUAUGAGACCUACACCAAGGUUGGACAGUGGUGGUAGAAUAAGAAAGAACAGUAUACAGGGAAGUGGUGCAAGCGCAAGUGAAUCUGAAGAUGAACACAGUAAGAGAGUGGCAUCUGUAAUCCCAAAUCGCGUACGAAAUGACUCUGUCUGCUCUGUACAAAGCAAUAAGGAAACUAAUGUCAGUGACAAUCAAAACAAUUCUCAGAAAAUUAAAACAACGCAGAAAAGACGUACACUAGUUUCGGAAUCGGCAAGAAAGCUGGCUGAAGCUAGAAGGGAGUUUUUACUAAAACACGAAAAUAAAACACCUGAUAGAAGUCAGUUGAAAAUGUAUGAUUUGAUAUAUUAUAAUCCCGUGACAAAUCCUAUGAAAAAAUUGUCAUCUGAACAUAGAGCUAAAUCAAUAACUACAUCACAAUCACAACCAAUGGGAAUAUCGGAAGAGGAAGACGAAGAUGAUCCAGCGACAACAUCCGCGCCACAAGUGAAAGUGGGUCCCGACGGUCAGUUGAUAAUAGACGAACAAAGUCUUGUGAUAGAGCAAGCGGAUGCGAGAAGAGAGGAAAAAUUAUUAGCGAGUGAUAUUACUAUAGAAGAUGAUAAUUUCCGCGGUGGUUUCUAUAAAAGGCAUAAGAGAAGCAAGGAAUGGCCGAAAUGGGAAACAUUUAAAUUUUAUAGAGUUUUAAAUGUAGUAGGUACGGAUUUUUUAUUGAUGCAAACACUCUUUCCAAAUAGAAGUAGACAAGAAAUUAAACAAAAAUAUAAAAAAGAGGAAAGGGUUAAUCGACAAUUAGUUGAAAAAGCUCUCAAAUAUCAUCAAGAAUUUGAUACUGAUAUGCUACAAGAGCAACUAGAAAUACUACAAAAUCUGGAGAAUAUACAAAACACAUCUAAAAAAGCACAAGAAAAAACUAAGAGUGGACAAUCUUUGAGCAGGAGUCAAAGAAAACGCAAGCAUCGAUUAGUAGCGAAAAGUAUUGAAGAAUGUGGAUCACUAUCUAAUGAUCUAGAAGCUGAAGAUACUGUAGUAUUUACAACAAACGAUGAAAUUGAUACAGAAAUUUGUAGUGAUACAAAUAAUGUUCAGCAACAAAUGGGAAAGAAAAAAACACGUAGGUCGAAAAAGCGUUCAGACGACAAAUCCGAGAAAUUUGAUGAUUAUAGCACUUAUACAGAUGCUGAUUCGGAUAGCUCUGAAGAAAUUUAUCAACUCAGACCAACUAGAUCCGGCAGACUGUCGAAGAAGAUAAGAAAGUUACAAGCACCUGACUUAACUACACGUAACAGUGAUAUAGAGACAAAAUUAUCGGUGGAUAACAAAAUACCGUCACAUGUAGCUGUAGAAGUUACAGAGUACGUAAAUACACAAGUUACGAAUAGCGAAAACAUAGAAACUACUAGUUCCGACAAUAUUAUGUCGAUGAUACCAAAUAUUAAUCAAAUGGAGCCAGGAGCCUUGGUAAUAGUCUCAAAGGAAUCUGCAGAGAAUCCUGGAAAUACUAUUUUACAAGUUUAUAUGGUUGCCUCAAAUAUCGACUCUAAUACAACAGUUACAUCUAGUGUGGCGUCUGGGAAUCAGUCAUUGGAGCCUUUAACCAAUCAACCGGAAAAUACUGAACCGGUUGACAUUGUGGAUGAUUCUAAAAAAUGAUCUUUUGCAUUGCAUUUAAUUAUAAUC